UUUUCCAGCCCGACAACGACAGAAACCGAUCUAUUUUACUCACGCGCGAGUAUCACGCCAAAGUAUCGUUCAACAUGAGAGCCUUGAUCUGCCUGGUACUAAUCUCCGCGGCGUUCGCUGCCGAAGAGAAGACGGUCAAGAAGCGUGGCCUGGUCGGUCUAGGUGACUAUGGCGGUUGGUCUGAUGGUGGAUAUGGUGGAUAUGGUGGAUAUGGUGGAUAUGGUGGAUAUGGUGGAUAUAGUGGAUAUGGUGGAUAUGGUGGAUAUGGUGGAUACGAGGGAGGCCAUGGCGUUGCCGUCGCUAUCAAGGAGAAGACAGUCGCUGUUCCCGUCGCGGUUCCGCAUCCAGUUCCCGUCGAUCGCCCCUACCCUGUUAAGAUUCCAGUUGAAGUUCCCAAGCCAGUCCCAGUUGCUGUUCCGGUGCCAGCGCCGUACCCAGUUGUUAAAACCCAGACGAUCACGAUUCCCGUAGAGAAGCCUGUUCCGGUCUCGGUCCCUGUUAAGGUACCAGUGCCCGUACCUGCCCCAUACCCCGUCAAGGUCGCUGUCCCCCAUCCAGUUCCAGUCCAUAUCUCUCACGCCGUUCCAGUCGCAGUCCCGCAUCCAGUCGUCGUCAAAGAAACGGUUCCCAUCCUCGUUAAGGGAGGCCAUUAUUACUAGAUGAAUUUCUCCUCAAAA